AUGGAAAUCGGAUGCGCUAUUCGAAAGAAGCUCUUGGACGUUUGUUUCUUCUGCUUCAUUUUGGGAGCGGUGCUAUCAACCACAGCCGUAACGGAGGAAAUAAGUCCUGGUACCCCAGAAACCCGACAAGUUGGUUCUUUUGACGUGGGUAAUCCCCUGAGAAACCCAUCACGAAGACCGACUCCUCCGUCCAUUUCGCCGUCUGCUCCGAGUCUGGGCAGUGUUCUUGGCAGUCUAUGGUCAAGCAUCACGACGACCUCGAAAGACCCGAAUUGCCGUGGCACGUGUUUCAAUGCCCUGGCGGCGUUUUUGUGCGAUGAAGUCGACACCAGUCCGAAUGCUUGCAUGAAGAGCGACGAGCGCUGUUGCGUAGACCGAGCCGCGUUGUCGUCGCCAGAUGUCGCUGCCAGUGACGCCUCGUCUUCGCCGCCGCCUCCGUCCACCACGACGCGGCGCCCACAGCAGGCGAACACUAGGAUCAUCUCUCCGGCUACUACGACUACUACUACGACGACGGUAUCCACGACUACAAGUACUUCGACGACUACUACCCCAGUUCCGACGACUGCGAAGAAAACGACGACGUUGACGACUACAAGGCCAAAAUCUGCGACUACGCGGCGUCAAGCUGUCACUGCCAAAAAGCCAAGUACUACGAAACGGCCGACGCUUACUACGCCAAAGAAAACGACUACUAGUGCUAAAACUACCACCACAACGACUUCCACGACGACGACGGAGGCUCCGACGACACGAAAAGCUCCCUUGACACCUGCAGUCACCCAAUCAAUCACGUCGGCAACCCUCGCCCCGUUGCCAGAGAAGCAAGCCGACAAUGUCGACACGAUCGGUGGGAACAAGGGCGACAAUGAAGAAGACAUUGAGUACAUGGACACUGUGGUGGAGAAGGUGUCUGGCGGUGAUAGUUUGGCCGAGUGUCCGGGGGUUUGCGUGGCACCCAGUAUCUCCGAGUACUGCGAUGCAGUACUCACUCGACACGGGCUCUGCAAGGGCGUGUUGCGAUGCUGUGUCACGCGUUGUUGUGAUUAUGAACUUGCCCUAAAGAUUUGUCUGGAUGGUAGUGCAGUCUUGCAGAGUAGGUCACAGCAGAAACCAGCUGGUCAACAGCAGCAGAACAAAGGCCCGCCGCCGACAGAAUACCAUGGCCCCAUCCCAGCACACAAACGCUGCAAGGGCACUUGCGUCGGCUCCUUCUUUACGUUUUUGUGUGAUAAAAUCGACACGGAGUCCAUUUGUCCGUCUGGUGGCCAGUGUUGCCUGACUAGGGAGAAUAUGGGGACUGGGCCAGGGCAGCAGCAGACUGGUGUGCAGAAUAAGGCAAAACCCAACUGUCCCGGCAGAUGCGUGUCUCUUCUGAUGUCGACAUUCUGCACGUCACCGGCAAGACUGCUCCCAGAGACCACGUGUGAAGAAGGGUCGGUGUGCUGCGUGGAAAGGCCAGGUGGUGGUGGUGCUGGCCCAGGGCCCGUCAACAACAACAACAACAACAGACGCCCCCAGCCGCCGCUUCAGCAAGGCCCGCCGAGAAACAAGCCCCUGCAAAGGAAACCCCCGCCCAUGUCGUCUUCCUCUCCCCUGGGCUCUCUGGGAACCCUGUUGGGGCUCUUGUCUCCGGAUACCAUGUCGCCGAAUGGGAAUAGGCCUCUGGGUUCGCAAAGGAGACCUGCUACGACGAGUACGACUUCUACGACGACGACUACGACAACCACGACCACUACUGAGGCGCCUGAUCCGAGACAAGAAUGUCCUGGGACUUGCAUCGUGCCGUUUUUGUCCUUCACCUGCUUU